CUGCAAUCUAUGGAGAAAGGCGUGGCACUGGAGAAGGAGCUGCGUUGUUUGCUGCGAUGGAAGAAGAAUACGAAGGUGAAGCGCCGGUGCAACCGUCGAAGCCCCGAGGUCGCCACAUAAAGAAAAGAGCUACCAAGAACAAAGCACUCUCCGUUUCUUUUAACGAGAAGGAUCUCAGGGAUUACGUAACUGGGUUUCACAAGAGGAAGAAGAAGCGAAGAAAGGAAGCCCAGAAGAAGCAAGAGCAGGCUGAACGGCGCAAAAAGGUCUUAUCUAUAUGGGAAAUAAAGGGCAAGCCCUCACCAUUAUCCAAACGCCAUUGUUUGGUGCUGGACACUGAGAUAUGUGAAUGGGAUAUUCCUGGGAUUGUGAGUCUGCUUCAAAGUUCACCUUAUUUGAAGAAACUAGUAAUAAAUUUGUAUUACUGCGACAACUCCAAGGAAAGAUCAUUGCUUCUCUUUCUUCGGAUAUAUUAGAAAUGUUGCAUAUUUGAACUAU